UUUUUCGUGUGUCUGGUUUUUCGUGUUUAUGUGUCUCUUAUUCUAGUGAGCAACAUGAAUGAAUAUUUAGAUAAUGCCAGACGAAACAUUCAGCGGGCGAUGAACCAGAGCUACAACUCCCUCACCGAAGUGGCCAACAUGGCGCGAACAUUGGCUUCAAGUACCGGAAGUCAACUGUACAGCACCCUAAUGAACCUAAAGGCGCUGGUAUUGCAGGAGGCAAUGGAAUCUGCCGGUUUAAGGGGAUCAAUUGAAUCCAACAGUUCAAUAAGAUCAUCAAGUAGAUCGGCAACAUCAUCAAAUGAAUACGCAAUCGACUCUACGCACUUUCAGUCGACGGCGCAGUCGACGUCGACGUCGCAGUCGACUUCAGCGUCGGCGUCUCUAGCUUCCUGCCAGCCACGACUUGUAAGUGUUGUCUGUGGCUUUCCCAAGGACAUCGAAAUGUAUCCAAACUACAAUAAGGGUCAAUUUGGUGAGGAUGCCUGGUUCAGGACAUCAACGUCCAAGGCGGAGGCGCUGGGCGUGGCCGAUGGCGUUGGGGGCUGGCGAGUGUAUGGCAUUGAUCCUGGUCAGUUUAGCCGCUUCCUGAUGCGCUCCUGCGAGCGUUUGACGCACACCCAUGACUUUGAGGCAACACGACCCGAACAGUUGCUUGCCCGCGCCUAUUGUAAUCUCUUGGAGCAAAAGAAACCCAUUCUUGGUAGCUGUACCGCCUGUGUGCUCACCCUGUUGCGUGGAAGUAACACCCUGUAUGCAGCAAACAUCGGAGACAGCGGGCUUUUGGUCAUAAGAGAUGGAUCGAUCGUCUGCCGAUCGAUGGAGCAACAACAUCACUUCAAUACGCCCUUUCAAUUGGCCGUACCACCGCCAGGACAUGAGCUCAAUGUGUUGACGGAUGGACCUGAAUGUGCCGCAUUGUUGCAGUUUGAUAUACAAUGUGGCGAUAUCUUGGUUCUGGCCACCGACGGUGUCUAUGAUAAUGUCUCCGAGGAGAUGCUCGUCCGGGUACUUAGUCAUGCCGCUGGAAUAUCGGAUCCUGUCAAGCUGCAAACGUAUGCCAACUCGGUGGCCUUGAUGGCCAGAUCCCUCAGCUUCAAUCCCAGCCACGAUUCGCCAUUUAGUCGGAAUGCGAGACGUCACAAUAUCGAUGCACCUGGCGGGAAACCAGAUGACAUUACAGUCAUAUUGGCAAGCGUGGUUUAAAUCGAUCAAACUUCUCCCUAACACUCUGAUCCUCAUACGUACACAUCUAACGAUUGUCCACCCUGAGCAAUCACUGGCAGCUGGGCAUAGCGAUCAGUUCAGUUGUGGGCAAUUGCCAGUGAAUGUUACCAGAUCCCCGACCUAUCAUCGACCGCAAUGACCUGUCGAGCAGAAUCAGAAAAUUCAAGUAGACCUUUGAACCGAGGAAAAUAUCUAAACAUCCCAGUAGACAAUAUCAUAUCAGAACUUAUAUUUACAUAUGUAGAUGUAUAUUUUUUAUAGAUAUAUCUGUACAGAAAGAUAUUGCCUUUACAAUUACUAUCUUUUCCCAGACCCACUACUACCGUGUAAGACAUCACUUUAACGACAAUCGGAAACUAUCGAAAUUAUGUGGUUAACAGUAGUAGGGACUUUUCAAUCCGGUCUUUAUAUCCAGUGGUACUUCUGGCAGAGUGACGGCGUGUUUUAAAAGUUUCUGAAAUAUAGUUUUUAGACUAUAUCGAGA